UAUUUUGAGGUAAAAACUAGCAGAUCUAAAUUAAUCUUUCCGAAAUAUCAGGUAUUGAAUACCUUUUUCUAGUACGCUGUUCUGUUUAUCUCAAUUUUCCGUGUUUCAUGUCUGAUAAAUCCAAAAAAGGCUUGGAGAAGAUGAAUAAUGCUUCUUCAUAUGAGAAAGUCAGUAGGAAGUUUGAGGGGGCAAUAUGGGGAUCAAAGGUGUUAGUGGUAUUUGUGGGAAUGGUAUCCACUUUCACACUCCUCAAAACGACAGUCAUUCCUUACUUUCACUAUCUAAGUUUCUCCAUCAUUCCACAGCUAUGGUUGUCGUUUAGGAGCUGGGUCUCUCCUCUUUACAUCUACUUCGUCAUCAACUUCAUCAUCUUCGCCAUUGCUGCCACCUCCGCCUUCCCAAACCCGCUGCGAAACCAGCAACAAUCUUCUUCUUCUUCUUCUUCUCCUUCUUCAGACGACAAAACCAAAAAGUCUUUAAUGGACAAGAACACUAAUCACGGCCAUGUUUCCCAUCAUGGUAUCAUCAGCUGGAGAAGCUUCCAAAUCUUACAACAAAAGAAGUUCAUUGCUGACGAACCAUGGCCGGAGACAAAGGAGACAAAAGUCGACGAUGAGGACGACGAGAAGAAGAAAAAUAAUAGAUUUACAUCUAAUUAUAAUUCAAACGAUGAAAUCGUGGGCGAAGAUGAUCAGGCGUCACCGCCGGAGACAAAUCUUGACGAGUAUUCGACGAUGGAGGCGACGUGGAAGGCGAUCAUGGAGCGGCAGGGGAAGGCAGUGGAGACGAGAUCAGCUGAUGAUGAUGAUGAUGAUGAUGUGAAGAUGGACGGUGAAGAUCAUGCUGCGUUGGAGAGGGAGAUAAUGAGAAAGUGGGAGACGUUGAGAAAAGACAAGUCAAUAAGUGAGGAAGAGUUGAACAAAAGAGCAGAAGCCUUCAUAAACAAGGUCAAUAACGACAUCAGACUUCAGAGGCUGCAAUCCGACCAGUGUUUCUUCGACAUGCUUAAUCGAGUUAUCAUUUUUCCUUUUGCUUUUGGGCUAAAAAAGCCAAGGACAACAUUUAUGUGAGUUGAUGAAGGGGC